GUUGCCUCAGGAAGAUUUGGUGUGACCAGUUCCUAUCUAACACAUGCUGAUGAAUUACAAAUUAAAAUGGCCCAAGGUGCUAAACCAGGAGAAGGAGGUGAACUACCAGGUUAUAAGGUAACAAAAGGUAUAGCUAAGACAAGACAUUCUAUACCUGGUGUAGGAUUAAUCAGUCCACCUCCUCAUCAUGAUAUUUACUCCAUAGAAGACCUGGCUGAGUUAAUCUAUGAUCUAAAAGCUGCUAACCCUGAAGCUAGAAUCAGUGUUAAACUGGUAUCAGAGAUGGGUGUUGGUAUUGUAGCCUCUGGUGUAGCUAAGGGUAAAGCAGAACAUAUCACAAUCUCUGGACAUGAUGGAGGAACUGGUGCCAGUAGUUGGACUGGUAUUAAAAAUGCUGGUUUACCAUGGGAACUUGGUAUCUCAGAGACACAUCAAACUUUGGUCUUAAAUAACUUACGAUCGAGAGUUGUCUUACAAGCUGAUGGCCAGAUUAGAUCAG